CCCUAGGACUCUGGCCGCAAGUCACCACGAACAAACGUAAGACCUAGUCAUCUACCAAGGACUCUCCUCCGUGAGACAAGCUCAGUCUACCCAAAAGAACGCUCAGGUCGAAUCUCGCCAUCUGAUGCCAUUACGACGACAAGGUUCGGUCGAUUGUCUUUGGAGCACGCUCAGGAAGACCUCACUACGGUCCAUGGCAUCCGGCUGAGUCCUGUAUCGAGAAAGCGACCAGCGACCUCAGAGGUCUGUGCUACAGACGCGAAGGCAAUGUGUGCCAAUGGUCAUGACAAAGCUCUUGCGUUGAGAACACCAUGUGUGGCUUCUACAUACAUCAAGAAAAUUGUUGAAGACAGCACAGUAUGCCCUCCACUAAAGUGUGGAGCAUCAAUCAGUGCUGCGGGAAGAGAAAAGCUAUUCCUUGAUACUUACGAUCCACAAACGCCAGAAGAGUUCACAGAGGGGCUGAAGCGUCGUCGUCGUCCUACCGAGACCUUGUACCUCGACAUCGCUCAAUCCAUACCUGGCUUGAACACAUCCAGAUCUUUGAGGCAGACCGACUACAUGUCUCAAAACGAAUUCACAGCAGAAAUCAAGGGUAUCUAUGCCGCGCUGGUCAUGGUUGAGGCGAAGUGCAUCAAGCUGGAUAGCGCGCUUAUGACAUCGAGCGAGAAUCUUUCCUUUGAUCAGUGGCAAGCACUCUUUGCAGUGCAUAGGACUCUACUGCACGAGCAUCUUGAUUUCUUAUCUGCAUCACAGCAUCCGUCGACCAGUUCUUCGCUACGAAAAUUGGCCACCAAGUACUCUAUGCCAGCCCGAAUGUGGAAACACGGUAUCCAUUCAUUUCUGGAGGUGCUGCGUCGUCGUUUGCCGGAGUCGCUUGAUUGCAUGCUACAGUUCAUAUAUUUGGCAUACCAAACAGUCGCGCUUCUCUACGAGACGGUCCCGUCUUUCAAGGAUACCUGGAUUGAGUGUCUUGGAGAUCUGGCACGUUAUAGGAUGGCGGUCGAAGAGAUAGAUAUGAGAGAUCGUGAAAUAUGGGGCGGAGUAGCUCGAGAUUGGUACUCAAAGACAUCAAACAGGAAUCCAGAUGUAGGGCGACUGUACCAUCACUUGGGCAUCCUGGCACGUCCUGAUGCAGUUCAGCAAGCAUAUUACUAUUGUCGGGCGUUGACUUGUGUUCAGCCAUUCGGAUCUGCCGUCGAGUCUCUGUCAUCCUUGCUCUCGGCUCUAUCAAAGGUCGACCCAGAGCGAGCGGUAAUACCUUACGUGGACGGAACAGACGCGAUGUUCCUCUGUCUGCAUUCAAGGCUGAUGGCUUGCGAGUCUCGGGGUUGUGCGGGUCAGCUUCAGGUUGUCGUCCCUUCUUACUGCCACCGGCUUGAUGGACAAAUUCGUCGUCAGGCGCUUAAAUGGAAAGAUCACGGCGUCUUCAUUGCCGUAACUAACAUAUCAGCGUGUUUUGGCUAUGGUUACUUGGACAGUGAUUUAUCAAAAGUUUACAGAAAAGGGACAACGGUCCCUAGUAUUUCCGGAUCUAGUCCCGCGCUGGACGACUCCCUCUACCUUCUAUCCAGCACGUUCGCUCUGGUACUAACUCGCGAGAGCGACUUCAACGUCCUCCCACAUGUACAUACAAUAUUGGUCUUUCUCUGGAGCAUCUGCAAUCUGGUUGCCGCGCCGGCCGCACUAAUCACAAAAGUUUUGGAAUUUAUCCCCUGGGGAAGAAUCGUCGACUAUCUCAACAGCUUCAUCAGGAUCGAGCCUAUCGAAGACCGAGUGGCAGACCAGGGCCGACGAGGAAGCUUCCUGCAAGGUGCAGUAAAGCCGUUGCCAGAAGACUAUCUUCUACGCGGCUUGAUCUGGUGCCGAGGGUACUUCAAGUCUGGUUGGUUUGACGAGAAACACGACGAGGAAGGUCGUCUUCUCGAGCUUCCGACCACCAACAAGGUGAGAAUUGAUAGAGUCAUGCGGCUGAGCAUAUGCUUGUCACAGGUAAGUUGAAUCGAGCUUGGCGCAUGGUUCGCAUUAGGCUGAUUGUGGCCAUAUAGAAAGGGAAGUUCAUGUCAUUUGAUCAUUCC